AUGGCCCUCCCGCUAGCGGGAAAAGUCGCGCUCGUCACUGGUUCGUCUCGGUCCAUCGGAGCAUCCAUCGCAAAACGACUUGCUCAGGACGGUGCAAAUGUCGUCAUCAACUAUGCUACCAGUGCAGAUGCCGCCUCCGAGGUAGCCGACGAAAUCAACGCUGGAAAAAAGGGCAAAGCUGUCAUUAUCCAAGGGGAUGUCACCACCCUUGACGAGGGCAAACGCGUCCUCCACGAAACCGUAAAACAACUGGGCAGAAUCGAUUUUCUUAUUCUAAGUGCUGGCCUUAUGGGCAGCAAAGUCAUGAACGACGUCGAUGAAGACUUUUUCGAUCAUCACAUGAACAUCAAUGUCAGGACACCCUUGUUCAUGAUCAAGGAAGCGAUCCCUUUACUUCCCGCUCCAGGUGGCCGUAUCAUACUCUUUUCCUCAUCACUCACAAAGGCUUCCGGUGUCUUACCCAACGCCCUCGUUUACCUCGCUUCCAAGGGUGCCGUCGAGCAGAUGUCCAGGGUCCUUGCCAAAGACUUGGGAGGCAAGGGUAUCACCGUAAACACAGUCUCUCCCGGUCCCACAGAUACCACCUUGUUCAGGAACGGAAAGCCAGAAUCCGUUAUCCAGUUUAUCGCUGCGCAGAAUCCCCACAAACGACUCGGCCAUCCCGACGAGAUUGCACCUAUCAUCGCCUUCCUUUGUAAUCCCGAAGCAGGCUGGAUCAACGGCCAAAAUAUCCUUGUCAACGGCGGUUUCGUUGUCUGAAUACAUAUGU